AUGUAAAAUACUACAUGAAAUUUUUCUUUUUCCUCCGACCCGUCUUUUACCACCUCCAUUCACCGCCAUAUAUAUAAAAAAAAAGGAAAAAAAGACAGAAGGAAUUUAUUCACCUUCUCACCCUCCAACCUCCUACCACUGUGAUUUAUACUACUCCCACUGCACCAUCGUUACUCCCACCACCAUUAUCACUAGUGGUAAAAAAAAAAAGAGAGAACACCUCUUCCUUCUCCCGUCACUCCCCAUCCGCUAGCUCCCACCACCCUCAUUCUCUUCAUUAUCAUUGUCUCUUUCUCUCGCUGUCUGCCUCUUCCUCUCUGUUUCUCUCAGACUGUCUGCCUCCUUUUCUCUCUCUCUUUCACCUUCUACUUGCAUCUCAUCCUCCUUCUAUUACUUCCCUCUUUCCUUCCCUCCUUCGCUACGCUCAUUCUCCUUCAUAUACUUCCCUUCUUCUCUGGCUCCACUCAUUGCCUUUCUUAAACUUCCCUUUACAAUCUCAUACUUUCUCUCUUGUAACACUUACUCUAUCUACACCCAUCACUCCCUCUCUCGCCUUCUCGUACGUCUCUCUAUUCCUUUCACUUCCCCCUCUCUGUCGUUUUUCUACUUUCCCUCUCCUCAUCCUCCAUCGUUCACUCACUCUCUUACUUCCACUUGCUCUCCUCCUCGUCCUCCUCUAGUUGUGUGUCAAUAUGGCGGAAGAGAAGGAAGGUGUGACGCUGUUCUCAUCUGAGCAGAAUCACCGAGAAAUGGACUGUAAGAAGAACUACGGACGACGGAAACUGCCGAUCGAUCCACUCAAAGAAUCGGAAGAGUUCUUCGAGGUGGACAAAAUUGUUGGAAUGACUAAAAUAAACGGAAAAGAGCGUUAUAAAGUCCGUUGGGUUGGUUAUCCAUCAUCAAAUGACACAUGGGAACCACGAGAAAAUCUGCUACCUUGCAUUGAAAUGGUUGAAGAUUUUGAGAGAGACAGACAAAGAUUAAAAAAGCGACGAGCAGAAGAAAGAAGAAUCAGAAAAAAGCAGACCUUAAAUGACGUGGCCAUGAUGGAAGGUCGGCUUCUGCCUGGAGGUGUCUUGCCUGAUAAGUUGGCAUCAUCUGCCUCUAACAGCAGUACAACUGUCAGUUCUACCAAUGUAAGCACCACUGCAGAAUCCCAAACAGCAUCUAAUACUACUGAGGCUACAGCUAUUGCUAACUCCAACCUUUUCGGACAGGAUCAUUCUACUACGCUCAAAGAUACUUUCUGGAAAGAUCUGGAGGAAGGAAAAGUUGACUUAUUUGAAACUGAUAUGUAUUCGAAAGUUAAAGCUCAGGGACGAGCUUCACGUCCCAAAUCUUUUAAAAAUGCUUUCAACAAACAAUCUGAGCGAUUGCGAGGAACAAACACUUCCCAAUCGCCAAAGAAAUCUUCGUCAAAAGGAAAUCGUAAACAGAAGAUAUUAGCGAAAUAUUAUUCUCAGAGAAGACGGACUAAUAACCAUCUACGGAAGUCUUCUGAUAAGACUCAUAAUUCAUAUGGAAUGAAAAAUGAAGGGUCUAAUGUUGGGAAUAGAAAAUGUGAUGAUAGAUUAAAUGAAGGUGUUACGAAUGUAGGAAACUUUUCCGAGCAAGACUGGAGCUAUAGUGAUGCCACAAGCCCGGCUGUCAUGAAGUCAUGUGAUCUCAAUAUUAUGGACUGUGAUAAAAUAUCUAGCAUAUCUUACUUAAAAGAGGAGGACUGUUCUGAUGAGUAUAUAUGCCAAGGGACGAUUGCUGAACAAAGUUCUCAGGGAUGUCAUGAAAGCCCACCAUCAAAGGAAAAUUUGUCAACCAAUGAACAGACUGAUUAUGAUUCAAGUAAAGAAUUAGAAAACGAUGAUCAUUCAAAAUCACAAAUAACUUGUGAUGCGUCAAGUCAGCAUUGUGACUGUGAUAACCUCUCGACACCAUCUUCAUCGCCAUCCUCGGCAGUGCAUCAUCAGAACUCAAAAGACCCUACACAUUGUCUUGCCAAAAAACGAAGAACUCGCCUAAAGCCAAAUAGAAACAUAGUAAUAAGUUAUUCUUCGAAACGGAAAAAAACUAAAUUUCAAAACCUACGGACACCUCCGAAAAGGACGAUGAGGACUACGAUGAAUUCGUUGCCUCCUGAAAAGACUAGUUGCAAUAUAUUUGCAGUGGGAGAAAGCAGUGUUGAUAGUGGAGUGUCUAGCUUAAGAAACGAAACCGAAACUGAAAUGGACAGUAAUUCUCCAGGGCUGGAGUCCGUGGCAUCGACAGUGUCAAUAUCACGAUCAAUGACCCCACAAGACACUGGAAGUGUGAGUUUACUAGAAGAGGAUAAUGUUAUAUCAGAACCCUGUUUGUUUGUUUCUGAUUUGCUCACUCCUAUGUGUAGUAGUAGCAAUAACAGUAAUAGUAAUAGUCAGUUAUUAUUGCCAUGUGAUGAGCUCAACACAGAUUCCAAACUGUCAUCAACAGAAGACAAAUAUGGAAGCAUUAACAACCGUUACUCUUCUAAGAUCAAAGCAUGCCGAUCAACGACGGACGUGUGUCCUGAAGGAAAUUCUGUAUCAAAACAGUCACUUGCGUCUUCAAAUGCAAGUGGAUAUUCUUUGACUGACCAGACUUAUGGAAUGUAUAAUAAUUCUAAAAGCUCUCUCGGAACUUCUAACCGAUGGGAAAUGAGUGCUCUUUUAAAGCUUCAGAACCCUUUAAUAUCCAUAAGGAACAAAAUUGUCCGAAAUUUCUUUGAUGCUUGUACAACAGAAGAAUUAACAAAUUUUUGUUGCUGUUAUCGAAGGUCGGAAAGGUCACGAGACUAUGAGAGUGCAGCUUCCACAUCAACCAAAAAACCAAGGUUAUCCAAUGGUACCGUUCUUCACUUAUCCAAUGAUGAAUUUACUCAAGCUGUACUAGCAGGUGAUUAUGGUAAAUUAAAAUCUGCUUUGAGAGGAGACCGUUGGAGAUAUGAUCUAGAAUCUCCAAACAGUGGUGGCUACACAUUAAUAAUGCAGUCCAUCUUGAGAGGUUUCAGUGAUAUUACACUACUGUUGGCACUUGCUGGAGCUCAGUUGGACAAAGAACUCAGUACUGGUGAAACUGCAUUGACCUUAGCUUGUACCAGAGGUGAAGUAGAAGCUGUAGAAGUCCUCGUAAAGUUGGGCGCUAACCUAGAAAAAUAUACGACAAACAAAGAAACGGCGUUAAUAAAGUCUGUCUUGAGUGGCAAUAUUCACAUAGUGAAAUUACUACUGGACCAUGGUGCUAAUAUUGGUUUUCAAAACAAGGACAACUUGAAUUCGUUGGAUUUAGCCAGUAAAAAUCCAAACCUCAGUGAUAUAGAGAGCCUUCUUUCCAGCUACAGUGACAAGAUUUCUAGCCAAAUGAAUCAGUGCAUUAAGAACUGGCUUGGUGAACAGAACACACUAUUGGAAGAGGUUUUUCCUCUACAGUGUAUGUCUCUUGCUAAAAGCCGAAAAAUCCAAAUUUCCUUUCGUCACAUUGUAAAGGAAUGUACUUACUAUGAAGGUUACCUUCUGUUUCUGGUCCACGUCAACGAUAUAGCAGCACUGCAAAUUGGUUGCAGGCUAAAAGGAGAAUCUGUGGUAUCUCAGGUGUGGUUGAAUGGUAUUUUAGAGAAACAAGUAUCCUUGCCAUCAAAGUUUGUGAUGUCAUUCAGGAAUCUCAGGCAUGGAGACAACACAUUGCUUAUUGAAACAUACCCUGAUGUCAGAAUAACAUUAUUAAUAUGUGCAUAUAAAAUUAGAAUGAAUACUGGAUGAAAAUGGUUGUGGUGUCAGUAAGAAAAUGUUCAAAAUGUAGGAAAAAAACCAGGUGAAAUGUAAAGAAGUAAAGCUACAAAGAGGAGGACAGUUAUCAGAAAAGUGAGAUGUGGAAACAUAAAGUAACCUUCGACCCUUUGUCUUUCAUAUAUCUUUAUAAAGGAGGAAACAUUAUUAUGAUUAUUAUUAUUAUCAUUAUUAUUAGCCCCCUAAUUUAUAUUGACUAAGAGACAUGGAAAGCAAUAAGAAUAGACUGGUGUCUAAUGAAUUCAAGCAGGUUUGUGAACAUCCGUUCAUUGUAUAGUGAGUUAGUGAACUUCACUCCUCCACAACAAGCACCCACCAGUGUUCAUUGCGAACAGAUCAGCAAAUGAAGAGUUCAUUUCCACACAGAUUUAGCUGAAUUAUUAUUAUUAUUAAUAUUAUUACUACUACUAUUAUUAUUAUUAUUGUUAUGAUUAUUACAUGGACAGUAUCAUUUCACCAUGGAGUUGUUUCCUGAUAAUCAGAAUUUUUAAAAAAAUGAAAAACAAAAUAAAAGGAAAAGAGGUUCUGUUCACACCUGGUGGGCGCUGUUGUCGUCGUUGAUGCUGUUGCUGCCGCUGUCAUUGUCAUUAUGACCAACUCUGCAAUGCCCUCUUUUUUUUGCACCUGGACACAGAGACAAUUCAUUUGGAUUGCUGGAACUACCCACCCCCUCCCACAUGUUCCAGCCACAAAAAGAAAAAAAAACAAAAUAAAACACACAGGCUAACACUUCAAUUUUUUUUUUUCUUUUUUGGGAUACACCUCUCACUUUUUCCUACGAAAUGUCCUACCUGACUGACUUUUCAUAUGGUUCCAGCUGACACCCCAGUUUGAAACCUCCAAAUCGGAAUGUAAGCUAAGCACUGUGUUGGUGUGUUGCCAUACCGACUGACUCAACCAAUAUCUACCUUAAAGCUGAUUCAUCAGGACUUGAUAUAAACUGGGUUGCUUCGUGAAACCCUGCUCACUGCUGAGAGCAUUACCAAGCUAACAAAGGAAAAGAGACAUUAUACAUCUUCUCAGCAGAGAUUGAUGUUAUAUGCUGAUGCCUGGCGUGUCAUCAUUUUGGGAAGGAUUGUUUUUUUUUUGUUGUUUUUUUUUUUUAAACCUUCUCACUUACAGAAUUUGUUUAUUUGUAGCUAAUUGCUACUUUAAUUAUUAAUUAUUCUGUAUUAUUUUAAUGGCAGUGGAUGGCAGAAUCAGUAGAGUGCCGGACAAAAUGCUUUGCGGUAUUUGGUCGCGACCCUGUACACACUGAGUUCAAAAUACCACUUGGGCCAACUUUGCCUUUCAUCCUCCCAGAGUUGAGGUUGAUAAAAUAAAGUACCAGCCAAAUACUGGGGUCGAUUUAAUCGAUUGUUCCUUUCCCCCCACACUCAAAAUGUGAGGCUUUGUGCCUAACUUAGAAAUCAUCAUUAUCAUUAUUAUUAUUAUUUUAGGAGCAGCUGAUGGCAGAAUCGGUAGAGCACUGGACAAAAUGCUUUGCAGUAUUUGGUUGCAUGCCCUGUACUUUCCGAGUUCUGAAAUUUUGCUGGGGUUGACUUUGCCUUUUAUCCCUCUGGUAGGGACUAAUAAAAUUAAAGUACCAGUCAUGAAUUGAGGAAGGAUUCAGAUUUAGUCAUCUCUGCAGCCUUCCUCCUAUCACUUGUGAAUUUGUGGCCACGGGGCUAAAGUAAGAAAUCAUCAUCAUUAUUAUUAUUUUUUAAAUACCACUAAUGUGCUGGGGUUAACAUAAAUUACUGUUUCUGACCCUCCCCCACUCCAUACACACACCUAGAUUUCUGGCCUUGAGAAAUUAUUGCUACUAUUAGUAUAACAGGCCUGGCCCUUUUCUCAUUCUCUACUCUCCACUAUACACACUUACACACUCCCACUCCCAACAUCUACACCCCUCUCCUCUGACUUUGUUUUUGUCCACCCAAACCUCCCGUUCUCUCCCUUUUCUUGACUGUACAGUUUUUGAUUCUGCUGCUGCUGCUUUCUGCCGUGUCAUCUUCACUUCCAUUACUGCUAUCAUCUUCCUCAUCACUCUCAUGACUUUAUAAAAACAAUUCCUUUACAAAUUAAUCUUUCAAAACAGGCAGAAAAGUUGUUUUUUUUUUUUAAGUAGGGGAAAUGAGAUUGAGAAAGUCUGUUCAUCUUUUCGUCCCUUUUGUUUCUGAAAGUUCUAGUGUACAUUGUAACAUCAUCACCACAACCACCACAUUCAUAGAACUCUCAGCAGGAAUUUCUUGCUUUAUAUAUACACUCACAUACACACACACAGUUACUUUCUCUUCUCUUUCUCUUUUCAUAUUAUGGCACAUUUACUUUCUUUCCUCAAUCGAGUUAAAUUCAGAAUGACUUAAAAUCAACAAAUAAUAAGCAGUACAAAAGUCUUGACCAUUCCAGUUGGUCUUUGAAUAAUAGUUUCAGGUGAUCCUUCCUCUUUUCCCUCCACUUCUUUCCUCAGCUGACAGAAAAAUGUUAAAUGUCAGAGCAUCAAGUUAAAUAGUGAAAUGCCUCACAGCAUUUAGAUUGGUAAUUGUUGUUGUUAUAUGUUUGGGAAAGAAGCCAGUCAAAUAUCAUACUAGUGUUGGCUUUUAACUCCUUUCAUCUGAGUGGAUGCAUUUGUAGUAUAAGUACCAGUGAUACUAUUGGGAUGAUUCAAUUCACUACACAAAUUUGUCCUUUGCCAAUGUGAGAUGAUGGAAAUAAAAAUAAAUACUGUUAUUAUUAUGAGGAUGUCUGACUUGCAGAAGUGUAAGAGCAUCAUCUCUAUAUUUUAGCUAUCAGUGUUUUGCCACUGGCCUUCUCCACUCUGAAAUUAAAGUCUCUCAUCAUUUCGAAAGUCUUAAAAAACCCUUAACUGCCGGGCCAGCCCCUAAGUAAUUAAUCAUUUCAAUACAUAUCAUUGGUUCAUCAACGUACUUCUUUAUAUUGAUUAUAUCAGGUAGGCAAGGCACCGUGCUACCCUCUUCCCCUAUAUUGAAUCUCUCUCUCUCUCUCGAUAUAUAUAGUGAAUGCAAAAGAAGAGUUUGUGUGUGUACUUUUCUUUCCUCCCUCUAUCUAGUCCAUCCAUACAUUCUUUUUUUCCCCUAGAACUCCUUCCUUAUGUUUCUCACAUUUAUCUCUUUCCCUUUUAUAAUUUUUCUCUCUAUUUUCUAUUUAGUUUUAAUGUAGAGAAAUUUAACAAAUUAUUACUGGCAAUUAUUUUAAUUACAUACUGUAAUUAGUGCAUCGUUUUGGUUAACAUCCUCUUUGGUGCUUCCUUCUACUGCUGUUUCUCUUUUGUCAUUUUAAUCUACCCUAUGGAUGGGAUGUAGAUGUAACAGUUGUUCCGCUGUAUAUAGGAGGCUGUGGUACGUCUAACACCAUUAUUUGACUUUUAGGUAAUUUUUGUGGUGUUGUAUACAUCCCAGAACUCUAGUUCCCUCCAUUUAGGUUGGAACUCAGAUACACUAGCUUCACUUAUCUGGGAGUGUGGUUUUGAUACUCCUCAACAUCACUAAUGUACCAGGGUGUGACUGAUGUGAAUGGGAUGUGACUGAGGUUAUGUAAGGUAGGGUAUUGGUUUAGUGGAAGUAAGGUAAAAUAAUUUUGAGAAAAAGUAGUUGGUUGUGUCAUACUUAUUGUGUAGGGCAGAAGUGUGUAUGAUAAUGUACUGGAUUGUGUCAUACUUAUUGUGUAGGGCAGAAGCGUGUAUGAUAAUGUACUGGAUUGUGAGGGCAGAAGUGGGUGAGGAUAACACUGGUUAAUGUAGGGCAGGAGCGGGUGGAGAAAACACUUGUGUAUGUGUGUGUGUAGGGCAGAAGCAGGUAGGGAUAACACAGGUUUGUGUUGGGCUGAGAUGGGUGGGGAAAACAUAUUGGUUUAUGUAGGGCAGGGGUAUAUGGGUGGGGUUUGGUCAUUCAUGUAGUCUUAGUCAGUUUUCAUCACACUGACCUUCAGCAUCAAGUUGACCAACAAUUGGAGAUUAACAGAUCAAGUUCUUUAAUUACAACAUCCUUCUCUCUGUAUACUCUAACAUGCCGUGUUAGAAAUAGCAGCAAAAUGGAAAAUGGAAAUAGCAGCAAAAUCUUCCAUAAAUUACUUUACAUCUUUGAAAGGAAAGCAAAAAUAAAGAACCGAAACUUGAAAACAUUAAAACACUGGUGUGGAGUAGAUAUUGUGCAUGAUGAAUGUAGCUAAACAAUGGCUAGGUAGAAGUGGGACACUUUGGUGGUUGAUGUAGAGCAAAUGUGGAUUCAUGUAGAUGUGGGACAUACCCAAUAUUUAUCUGGCCUGCUGUUGUUCUUGAGUAAGUGGGUUACUAAAUAUCUCUGAUAGCUGGUCCUCAUAGAGUAGAAUUUACUUAGAGAUUAAAAACGUUGUGGGGAACCCAUUCCAUGAACGAUAGUAUCUUUCAAUGAAGCUUCAAUGGAUACGUGAUAGCUUUGCUGUCAUAUCAAUUAAAGUACAAUACUGGACAUUUUCUGGGUUUUGUCUUUUCCUUGGGAUUGUCAAGAAAUUUGAAAUUUCAAAUGGGUGCAGGUAUGGCUGUAUAGUUAAGAAGUCCAUUUUACUGCCAUGUGGUUCUUUGUUCGAUCUCACUGGAUAACAGUUUGAGUGUCUUCUGCCUUGUGCUCAAUCUCUUGUGAGUGGAAUUUUGCAAAUGGAAACUGUGCAGAAUCCUUGUGUGUGUGUAUAUACUGAUUAUUUGUCAGCAAGUAUGUAGUCUUGGGAAAGAAAUAAAGUUGAUACUCUUCAAAUGAAGUCCUUUGUGAUAUAUAUUCUGCCCUAAGUUACAGACACACCCUUGUUAUUCUCGUUAGCAAUGCAGUGAGCCAGUAAUUGCCCAUUGGAAACUUGUGACCAAUGACAAUUGUGAUAUAAAAUAAAUUGAUAUACCAAAAAAAAUAUUUUUAUAAGCUCGGAUCUGGAAAGUAAAUUUUGAAUUGACUGAAAUUUCAUUUUAUGAAGAAAAAAACAACCAGAUCUUUAUUUCUACUAACGACAUAAUUGUGCUAGCAUUUCUCUGAUCACCCUCUUGUCUAUUCUUUGUCCCUCUCUCCUCUCUCCCCCAUUUUUUCCUUAGUAUUUUGGAUGAAAUUCUCUUGUUCUGCUUGCUUGCCUGUUGUUUCAUCCCAAUCUCUUCUCCAGGUGCAUCAUUUCUCUAGAAAUUGUUUUACAUAUAUAUUUAUGUGUGUGUGAUAAAUACAUGCCUUGCAGACUUGUCCUUCUUAUUGCAUCUGGGAUCAACAUUUCUUAUUUUCCAACUCGUCAUAAUAAGUUCUUGGGGGAUGAUCUUGGGAUGCAAAAAACAUUUUAAAGAAAUUUCUACAUGUCUCAUCUGCUUAAACUCCUUCCUCUCAUUUUGUUCUUCUUCACCUUACUUUCUGUACUCGUUCUUUUUCACAUAAAUACUUUUUCACUCUUCCCUCUUACUCUCUCUCUUGCUCUAAAUAACAUACUUUAAACACCACCAUCAUUAUCACCAAUGUUCCUCCCUGUGAAUCUCUUGAUCUCCCCCUUCUCACUAAAUGUUUCCAACACACUCUCCUUUCUGCUCAUAGAUGGGUGAGGGCCACACCUGCUCACUAAACUCAGUAGGGCAUGGUUCUUCGUAAACUCAACAUUUAAUUAUAUUCUAGGGACUUUUUUUUUAUUUGUUUGCAUCUGUGUGUGGAAGAGGUGCGGUUUGAAAAAUAAAUUAAAUAAAAUUGAAGAAGUGAAAUACCCAUACACAUGCAUCCAUAUUAUCAUCUCCAACUAGACGGCUCCCUUUCUCAGCAAAGAUUCAAUUUAUCUAUUAAAAGAACACAUUUUACUGUCAAAUUCUGAAUCAAGAAAACAUAAGCAAGUCCCCACCCACUUCCUCUGACUACCCCUUUAAAAAAAUCAUUGACCAAAACCAUUAUUUUUUUCCAAUAAGUCUUAACUUCUUUGGAAUUGAAAACAAGUGAAAAAAUAUUAAGAUAUAUAUAAAAGACAAUAAUAAUAAUGAUGAUAAUGAUUAAAAAAAUUAAAAACACAUUCCUUGUGUCUGGACCUCUUUUCCAGCAAAGUCCACCAUUACACUUAUUUUCUCUCUCUCUCUCUCUCUCACAGACUCCUCACUCCAUCUCUCUCUCUCUUUCUCUCUCUUCACCAGCCGAUCAUCUCUUAAUUGUUUUCCCAUUCUUCAUUUUAUUAAUUAUUAUAUAUAUAUAUAUAUAUAUAUAUGUCUCCCUCACAUCCUUUUCCCUCACUCCCUUAUUUAUUUACUUCAGAACAACAUGAAAAAAGAAAGAAAAAAAUAAACAACAAAACCAACCAAAAAAUAUAUAAAAAAUAUAAGCAAAAACAAAAAAAAUCUGUUGGCAGGUUUUUAAGGCCUCGAAAUAAAGUUGUACAUUAUUGCAAAUA